CAAAUAACUAGAGCAGUAAUUUGUUAGUUGGUUCUUGGCAGAAUGCCGAUGUACAAUGAUGAUGAGCAGAUUAAGAUUGAAUCCCCUGAUCAAGAUGCCUCAGAUACUUCUGCCGGGACUCAGUCAUACGUCGAACCAGAGGGAAAAACAAAGCUGACGAUCAAAAGAAAAGAGGACGCACCAUUGGCGGAAACCGAUUUCAAAGUGUUGGUGGAGCUGACGGGCACAGCCGAUUUGAAGGACAGAUGCGGACUAGAUCUGGUGGUAGUAUUAGAUGUUAGUCUGAGCAUGGACGAUGACAAUGGAAAGAAACUUAACAAAAUGAAAACUGCCAUGCAGUUCGUAAUCAAGAAACUUACACCCAACGACCGUUUAUCUGUUGUGACGUUCGCGAGGACGGGAGACAGAAGGCGCCGUUUGAUGCAGAUGACUGCAAAUGCUCAAAAAGAUAUCGGAGAGCUGGUGGGUAGCUUAAGAACAGGACCUUAUACGAACAUAGUUGAUGGGCUUCGAGUGGGAAAACAAGUCGUCGAUGGCCGGAAAAUAACCGCAGGACGUGCCGCUGCUAUUAUGCUUAUGAGUGAUGGCGUCGACAACGUGAACGGAAGAAACAUUAGACAAGUCCUCAAUAGGCAGAUUCCGGUAUGGGAUGUACCAGUGUACACAUUUGGUUUUGGUAUGGAACAAGAUGCCCAGCUGCUCCAAGAAAUCGCAACAAAGAGCUCUAGAGGAACUUAUUCAGACGUCCAAAAUGAGGAAAAUUUGACCUUAGCAUUUUCCCAGUGUUUGGCUGGCCUUCAAACUAUUAUUGCUCCAGACUUGACCUUGACAGUCAUACCAGAGAAGAACUCAAAGAUAGUGUCUGUGUCAGUGUCCGAUCUGGAUUAUCCACAAUCCACAGAAGAUGAUGGCUCCGUCACUAUUUUAUUUGGUGAUCUCUUCAGUCGAGAGACUCGCAAGGCUAUUGUAUAUCUUCGUCUAUCCGAGAUUAAACCUAGAAAGGGCCGAACAUCGGUGCCCUCGACUAUUCUCCAAGUCAAUUACACCUAUACCUAUGCUGAGGGGAUCCUAUUUCGGGCUGAAGCUCAACUCGUUGAAAUAACUCGAUCUCGGACAGCAGUGACGCAAGAGAUUGAAGACAUUUUGAUUGAGGAGGAUCGUUUGUCCACGUUAAAGGCGAUAAAAGAUGCAAUAGCGGAGGCAGAUCGCGGGAAUCUUCGUGGAGCUGUAUCCAUUCUGGAAGCGGCCUUGGACUCACUUAACCGUGCUGUCUACCAGCCUAAUGAAAUGACUGACACGAUGAAAUAUGAGCUAAAAAGGAUAAUAGACUUGAUGAAAGAUCCAAACACCUACAAGACGAGAGGGCGUCCUUUUGCCCUCUCAUAUGUGACUUCCCAUGGUCGCCAGCGUUACGCCACAAAAGGAGACACUGGCUCGGAUUUGAAAAAAAUGCGCUCAUAUGCCACGAAAAAUAUGAACACAAGCUUUGAACAAGCCGAGCGUUUUGACAAGAAUCCAAACAUAUCACUGCCCUCGGCCAAGGAGGAUGCGCAACUGGAUCUUAAAAAUGAUCCGUUCGCCCCAAUUGCGGUACCUCUUGCGAACAAUAAUCAGAGAGCCAUUCUGGCUCUAAAACAGAACGAAGAUAUUAUUGAGAAUGUUAAGACACUUGAAGACAUUGAAAAUAUAGCACGCAAUGUUGAGACUGGCAUCCAAUCUCUCCAAAAAAUGCUAGCCUCAAUUGGAAAUGUCCUCAAGACCUAGUAAAGCAGCAACAAAAACUGAAUUUCUCCAUCAACUGCAUGGGUUUCUAUGGGAAAGACAAUCCUUCCAUCUUAUCCUUGCUCCACAAUAAAAAUGAUGGCUCUAGCAUAUUUGUUGGGGUGAAUGUGAAUCUUUUAUUUUAUUACUGUUUUAACUGUAAUUGCCUUAUUAUCGUUGAAUAAAACACAAAUUUAAAAGAAA